AUGCCUGCAUACGAAAUAACGUUAAUCACACGAUCUUUGGCCAAGCCUGAAUUGUUCUCUACAAUUCGUAGGGCUGCUAAGGUACUGCUUGAUAAUGGUGCGAUCAUCGAGAAAUUAGAAAGCCUAGGACAUCGGGACUUGCCAUUUAGAAGAAUCAGAAAACAAACUACUGAACACGUUUACACAUCGAAUUAUUUCUUGAUCAAAGCAUUUAUGCCACGUGAAGUACGUGACGCAACAAAUACAUUGCUACGAAACGAUCUCGAUUUGGUUCAUGUUGUUUACGUGCAUGAGAAACCUCGCGAAGUGAUUCAUUGCAACUUAGAAGAACUUUUGCAACCGCCAUCAAAAAGAGAAUCGGUAAAAGCCUUACGAGACAAUCAGAAACUUGGACAUUACACACGACAAAUGAUUUACAAGCGGACAGAAAAGGAGUGGAAAGCUAUCCCAAAGUCGUAUCCGGUAGCAGAAGCAGAAAUUAUUGGAAGAUCAAUACCGCAAAAGCAUGCAUAA